CUUCCUUCUUUUCUCUCUUUUUUCUCUUUCUUUUGCAAGCAAGUCUUCUGUCCCUCCUUUGUCCGUCUGUGUCGGCGCUCUUGUUCUCCUCCAAGCAUCAUGCUGUCCCUUCCUUUGAUCCUGGCUGCUGGCAGCCUUUCCACCCUCAUUGCUGGGGCCCCCGUCCCGUCCAAUCCCUUGAGCGGCCACAGACACGCAGAACGACACUCGCACGCUCUCUCGCACGCGCGUUCCCUUGACAAACGUGCCUACAACGUCCUUGGAGGAAAUGGCAAGGUCGCCGCCGGUUGGCCUGAUCAUGAUAACUGGUGGCCUGACUUUGAUGAGAUGUUCGAAGCCAACCGCGAUACGAUGCGUCAAUCCUGCACCCAAUGGAAUGUCCCUAACAAUUCGGACGACGAAAUCGAUAACAUCUCGUCCGCCAUCAAAGAGGUCUCUGAAUCCUCCGGCGUCGACCCCCGCUUCAUCCUGGCUAUCGUCAUCCAGGAAAGCAACGGCUGUGUGCGCGCCCCUACCACCAACUACGGCGUCACCAACCCGGGCUUGAUGCAGUCGCACAACGGCCAGGGCUCAUGCAACAAUGGCGAGGUCUUGACCCCAUGCCCUGCCGAGCAGAUCAAGCAAAUGAUCAAGGACGGCACCGAGGGUACCAGCGAUGGUGACGGGCUCAAGCAGUGCCUCGAGCAGGCGGGCGGUGUUGGCGAUGCCGCCAACUUCUACGCCGCCGCUCGUAUCUACAACUCGGGCUCGAUCCCUGCCUCGGGUAACCUUGGCCAGGGUAUCGCGACUCACUGCUACUCGUCGGAUGUUGCCAACCGUCUGACCGGCUGGUCUACUGGCCCUAGCACCUGCGAGGACAAUGUGAUCGGGUCUCUCGACAAGGCCGUCACCAGCAUUUUCCGGUUCACCUCCAGCUUGGUUGGCGGUUCAGACUCUGACUCGAGCGAUUCGGACGAUUCGGAUUCUGGCUCGACCGAGUCUUCUACAUCUACCACCACUGCUGCGCCAACCGCUACAGAGGCUCCGACAUCUACCACUGAAGCCCCGACGACAACGGAGGCUCCUGCUACGACCGAAGCCCCCAGCACCGUCACCAGCACAAGCACUACUACCUCGACCAGCACGAGCACUAACACCGUGACUUACACCCUCAAUGGCAGCCCCACUGACACUCCGGCGGCGACGAGCAGUGCCAGCACUGCUCCCGCCGCCCCCACCGCUUCGUCCGGUUCAUCCUCUGCGCCAAUCUACCCGUACGCCAACUCCUCCUGCACGCAGUACUACACCGUCAUGGACGGCGACUACUGCCUGAAGGUCGAGGAGGCUAUUGGCGUUUCCCUCAGCCAGCUCCGCGAGUUGAACUCCGGGCUGAAGGAAGACUGCACGAAUCUCUGGCUGGGCUACCAGUACUGCAUCAAGGCUUAGACAGUCUUGCAUUUGUUUGCUUGCAGUAUUCAAAACUUCUCUUCUUGACUCCAGCUUGCUUGGAAUGCCGUCGCUUCUUUUGACAGGCUGUGCCAUUUCAUUUGAUGAUGAUUGUACAUAUCAAAAGAGCGAUUUUUUUCUCUUCUUUUUCACUCUCGCUUAACGAUUUCCACCAUUUGACAGUGUAGCUAGUCUGCUGUCUAUGACGAAUUGAUGCCAGGAUAAGCAAUGCCA